CCAAACAACCAGAAACCUCUCCUCCCCCUGACCCCUCUCCGCUGUAGCCACCACUCGUCCACUCCACGACGUCCCCGCGCCCCGAACGGCGAACGCUGCCCGUCCAGCCUGCCGUUUGCCGCUGCAAAUCUCGUCGAAAACCUUUUUUUUUUUAAAAAAAAACCACGCGCCUGAUCACGGAAGGGGACGGCGAAUCGCUGUGCGCCAGCCGUCAGCGCGCAGCAGAGCUCCAGAGAGAAGGCGGGGCUGCGGCCUGCGGGGGAGACGGUGCCUGGAGGAGGUCCCUCGCCGUCGCCGCGCCUCCCAGAUUAGAAAACUUGAAGCCGCGUGCUCUGCUAGUCGCUAGUCGGCUUUGUGCGCGCGUGCUCUGCUGCCUGCUAACCCCGCGCACCGGCCGCCCCAUUUUGUUUACUGGGUCCAGUCCCCGACCCGAAUCUUUUCCCUCCUCAGUCCUCACGCACCGCAGCAGCAGCCAGCAGCAGCAGGCCAGCAGCACCGCCACCCACUCGCGCCGCCUCCGUGCUCGCGCAACUCGCCGCGCGUGCAGCGUGUCGGAGAUGUGAUCGGAGCCCGGGUGUCGGUCCGAGUUUUGUUUGCCUCUGGACCGUGGCGCGGGGAGGAGGCAAGCUGGCGGUGGGAUGGGUCGGCGCGGAGGAGGAAGAGGAGCAGGAGGGGGAGGUUUGUGCGGCUGUGCUCUCCUCGCCGCCGCCUUGGUUGCCUCGACGCUCGUGAUCCAUGGUGCUGGAGGAUUGAAGCAAUCUCAUGCACCUGCUGUUGCUCGCAAGGUUCUUCUAUCCAUAACAAAUUGGCAUCCACAAAAUUACUUGGAUGAUGUACUUCAUCCAUCACAAGUACAAGAACAAAGACCCGAACGCUUAGGCCAAGAUGUCCCAUUUCAAACUGGCAAUGAACUUCCAAAUCCUCAUCUCCAUCAAGUGCCUGCUGCUUUGCCAUCUCUUCCAGUUCAACCAUAUGCGCCUCAUCCUAAAAUUUCUGCUGACACUCCAACUGCUGCACCUUCUUUUCAAAAGAUGCCCUGGUAUCCUCAACCAUCUCCUACUCCAACAAGCCAGGAGACAUCUAAAGUAUCUAUUGCUUCACCACCUGCAGAAUUUCUGAAUCAAAGAAAGCCACCACUAGGAGUAUCAGUGACUUCACCACCAUUGCCUGCAAUUGGCCGACGAAUGCAAAGUCCAGCAGCUUCUCCAGAAACAUCAGUUCAUCCAGCUAAACAUGGCAAGGAUCAUGGAGCUCCAGUUACAGCACCUUCAAAUGUUAGUCAUCACCAUUCCAUGCCUGCGAAUAAUACACAUGGAGAAACUCAUGGACCUCCAGUUGUGGCACCAAUAAAGAGAAGGCAUCACCACUUGCCUGCAAAUAAUUCGUAUGUGAAAGGACCUGCUGUUUCUCCCUCAAAGUCUCCCAUCAUCCACAGGAAAGGACAUGGCAUUGCUGCACCUCCAAAGGAAAAUUCGAGCUAUCUACCACCUGCAAAUCAUAGACACCACAAAGGUUCUCCUCAUCCUGCUCUGCGUAAAAGUAACAAUACUUCUGCACCAAGCCAUGGAUAUCCUGGUAGCCCUGCACCUGCACCUGUACGUUUGCCUCCGUCAAAAGGAAAGGGACAGGGAAAUUCUGCUCAUGCUCCACGUCAUCCCAAUCAAUACCAUUUACCAUCAUAUUCUCCAGGAUCAGCUCUACCGCCUGCGCAUUCACCUGAGACUCCUGCAUUUAGAAAGCCCAAGGCUUUGGCACCAGCGCCUAGUCAAUCGCUGCUACCUCCACCGACAAAUUCAUACUGCACCUGCUCAGAUCCUCUGACAAAUAGUCCUCCAGGAAUGACAUGCCUCUGCGUGUUGCCAAUAAAAGUCGAGCUUCGCUUUGGUAUAGCAUUGUACACGUUCUUUACACUUGUCCCUGAACUUGCACAAGAUAUUGCAUCUGGAGUGUUCAUGAAUCAAAGUCAAGUUCGUGUUAUGGGGGCAAAUGCUGCACCUGACGACCCUGAAAAGACAGUCGUCUUUAUUGAUCUUGUGCCACUGGGACCAAAGUUUGACAAUGCGACAGCAUUUUUAGUAUUUGAAAGGUUUUGUAAUAAGCAGGUCAUCAUAAACCCUGUGCAUUUUGGAAAGUAUGACGUAUUAUAUGUUCUUUACCAAGGUCUUCCUCCGUCACCACCGGCAGCAAGCAUGAACAAUGGUCUUAGCAAUGUAAAUGAUCCAAGUUUACAUCCGCUUGCUGCUGAUGUGGGAAAUCAUAGAGAAAGAAAAGGCAGGGGCAUAAUUAUAAUAAUUAUUCUAUCAAGUGUUUUUGCUUUUAUUUUAUGUGCUGGAGCUGCACUGGUGGUUUAUUUCAAGCUUAGGAACCGCAGCCAUUUAACUGAAGCAUCACUUGUGCCAACAAAACCUGCAGGUCCUGGUUCUGCAAUGGUGGGGAGCAGGCUAGAAAGCAGACCUAUUUCAGUAUCACCAUCCUUCAGCUCAAGUUUGGUGGCAUAUAAAGGAUCUGCCAAAACGUUUAACUUGGUUGAGAUGGAGAGAGCUACACUAGGAUUUGAUGAGUCCAGAAUUAUUGGUGAGGGUGGUUUUGGGCGUGUCUAUGAAGGUAUUCUUGAGGAUGGAGAACGGGUUGCUAUCAAGGUUUUAAAGCGGGACGAUCAGCAAGGUACCCGGGAGUUUUUAGCUGAGGUUGAGAUGCUUAGCCGAUUGCAUCAUAGGAACUUGGUUAAGCUGAUAGGUAUAUGCACAGAGGGGCAUAGCCGAUGUUUGGUAUAUGAGCUUGUUCCAAAUGGCAGUGUGGAAUCUCACUUGCAUGGAUCAGAUAAGGGAGCUGCUCGGUUUGAUUGGGACGCUAGGCUCAAAAUUGCACUUGGUGCAGCACGUGCACUUGCAUAUUUGCAUGAAGAUUCAAGUCCACGUGUCAUACACCGUGAUUUCAAGUCCAGUAACAUCUUAUUGGAACAUGACUUCACCCCAAAGGUGUCAGACUUUGGCUUAGCAAGGACAGCUUUGGGUGAGGGAAACGAGCAUAUUUCUACUCGUGUUAUGGGAACUUUUGGGUAUGUUGCUCCUGAAUAUGCAAUGACUGGCCAUCUUCUAGUAAAGAGUGAUGUUUACAGCUACGGUGUUGUUCUUCUUGAGCUCCUUACUGGGAGGAAACCGGUAGAUAUGUUAAGACCUGCUGGACAGGAAAACUUAGUCGCAUGGGCUGGUUCUCUUCUGACAAGCAGGGAUGGUCUGGAAUCAAUCAUAGAUCCUUCACUUGGGAGCAGCAUUCCAUUUGACAGCAUCGCAAAAGUAGCAGCCAUUGCUUCAAUGUGUGUUCAGCCUGAGGUGGAUCAGCGCCCAUUCAUGGGUGAAGUUGUUCAAGCUCUAAAGUUGGUAUGCAACGAAGGCAGCGAGUUCAAUGAAACCACAAGCUUUAGCCAAGAUUUGCAUAUCCAAGAUGUUGAGGCUAUGAGUAGAGCAAGUAUGGACAUAGACGUUGACCCAACACUAUCAGCGGAGCUGUUCACUUCAUCAGCGCGUUAUGAUGCUAUGGAUGCCUCUGGUUCUUUCCGAAGAUACUCAAGUUCAGGUCCUCUAAGAAUAGGGAGAGCUGGACUGAACAAAGAGAGGGGCCUGUCAACUGGCAGCUCAAGUGAACACGUUGGGCUACAAAAGUUUAGGAUUGAUUCGGAAUAGUCAGCCUGCAAGCAGCUCAUGAUGAUGUGUGCAUCGAAGAAAUACACAUUGGAUUAUCUUCUUCCAAGCCAGAUUUCAUACUUGUCGUAAAUAGUAUGUGGAAAAUGGCGAAAGGGGUAAACAUGAGUGUGCCAGCUUCAGCUGGGAGAGGGAGUUACCCCAGGUCUGGGUGGCUUGGCAAUGGAGGAGUUACCCCGGGUCUGGGUGGCUUGGCAAUGGCGGCAGUGCAGAACUGAAUGCUGCUGUCUACUGCUCCCGUCGACUUCUUUGGAAGCUGAAACAAGACUUCACACAGAUUUUGUACAGUUCUAGAGUUGUAUAGAUGCAUUUAGAAAAAAAGAGGUGUACAGCGAGUUUUCAGCUGUGAUUCGCCAUGAACCGUAACAGGUUUCGUUCGCCGUUGCAGCAUGUGCAAAUCGGGCGCUCGUACACGCACUGUCACCAUUUUUUAGUUCAAUGGGGGGGAAAAAAUCAUCCUGAUUGGCCGCAACCUUUGCACAUUUAUCCGUUGCCCAUAUAUUGUCACUAAUGCUGGGCUUGUUAUUUGUUAAUGUCAGACAACGAAAGACGGUUCUUUGGUCA